AUGACAAAUACGCCAGAUAAGAUUGUCUUGUUCCAUUUUACACAUGUACACAUACUCACUACUUCCCGAAAAGUUGACAAAACCAUGAACCAGCAUUGCAUUAAGUACACAAGUACACAGUUUGUCAAACAGUGUUUUAUGAUCACAUAUUCCGAAAUGAAUUUUCUGAUACUGAUUGGCUUAUUGCAGAUCGCAUCUCGAUGUUUUCCGAGUCAUUUUUUGGAUCAUCUUUCUUCAUUUCAUAUUUUUCGGCGAUCACCAGUAUCACGGUCUCCAUUACUGAAAUCAUUAACAGGAACAAAUUGGUGCAUUUCAUCUACCUGUUCCGACUCUUCAACUAUGCAAAAUGCUGCCCUAUCGAUGUCAACUUUAACAUCCACGUUUAAAACGUUCAGUUCUCCAAGUCUCAAACCAAUGUCAUCACUACUCACGGCUAUACUUCCCUUAAAUUUGACGCUACAAACUCCAGCACCAUCGAAUGAUGUUGCGCUACUACUUCCGACAACGCCUAUUCCUUCUUCGAGAGAUACGCCUCAUUUUAAAGAUCCGAUGAACAUGUCUAGUCUUCCAGUAACCAGUCCUGAAUGUAAACCAUUCGUUUUCCAUGCAACUGAACAUAAUUCGUCAAAAUGCAUCACACUAACCAGCCUUCUAGCAGCUGCACCCAAAAAUAAUCUUCCACAGGCACGCGUACAGCCGAUAAUACAUUCAACGAUACCACAGAAAACAUGCAGCUUUUGUCAAGAGAUAUUCGAAGGCGAGUAUCUAGUCUUGUAUAAACAUGUCAAGCAACAUUUAACCAUACUGCCUUAUGAAUGUUCAGCAUGCAAAUUCGCCGAUGUGGACAGGAAAACAGUCCAAGAGCAUAUUUCCCAUGACCAUUUGAAAGCUACUGUUAUUGACAGGAUGACAGAUUCAGUAUCCCGACAGUGCUUUGCAUUGUUUACAGCCUGCUUUCCGGAUGUACCGCUACAGCCUUCAUUGCAUGACAGUGUGCAAAAAUGA